CUUUAGUUCAGACCAGAAUGUUACCACUAUCAGCGCUUGUGAGCGCAGUGCUGCUCCAUCAGGGGUUCUCUGACACGACUGUCACCAUCUACAACGAGUGGCUCUCCCAAGGUGGACGAGUCCAUUAUGAAGCUGACCGAUGGAAUAAGCAUAACGGUCUUACCAGAACAAAUCUGAUUCCAAAGUGUAAAGCUAUUGGAACUGCGAGUGGGCGCUGGAUUAACGGAGACGUAAAUAUAUUCAAAAAUUGGCCCCAGAGCCCAAGUCACCAUGGUUACCCUGACCCGAGUUAUCUACAAAACCACGCUAAACAGACACAAACAUGGAAUUACUGGAUGGAACAAGUGCACGGCUAUGGAAGUCAAGUCGAUAAUAUGGUCUGGGAAACUAAAAGCUUGUUCUGGCCCAGCUGGAUAGAUAAGUCUCACCAUCAAGGUAAAUUCCCCAACAACCUCGACGCAGUGGGAGAGUUUGUCUCACUGAUGGUCCAGAGCGCCAAGGACUACUCGGGAGGGCACAUGCCUAAAAUAUUCGAAGUCAUCAACGAACCUGAGGUAGAACACUUCAUUGAUGAACAAACCCUUCUGGAUUUGCAUAAAACAGUAGCCCAGAAGCUGAAAUCCAGGUUUGGAAUAAAGGUUGGAGGACCAACCUACACUGGCUAUACCAUACUCAAAUCUGAUAUCAACAACUUUGGUAUAUGGAAGAGGACAGCUAGGUUUUUGGAUAUGUCUCUUGAUCAUUUGGACUUUUUCUCUUUCCACGCCUACAACCAUAUCUAUGUGUCCGGCGGAAGUCAUCACUACAGUGGCAUCAACGAGGCUCGUCUGGUUGCUGGUAUUGACAUGAUAGAAAACUAUUCUCAUCAAAAGAAAGGUAGGAAUGUUCCAAUCAUUAUCAGCGAGUACGGCAGAGGUGGCACACACGGAAUAGAUCAGUGGGCACACAGUGGGUUCCUUGACUUUCAGACCAUUUACCAACCCAAUGGCUUUAUGUUUACCUACCUGAAUCUGAGAGAGUUCAUUGACAGGGCAAUAGUUUUCAUUCUUGCCAAUGAACAAUACACCGGCCAUACCAGCCUCAACUGGUCCUUGUUUACUAAAGAUGGUCAUCCGACACAAAUGGUCAAAUUCUUCCAGUUUUGGCAUAAUUUCAAUUAUGAUCAGAAAUUCCUGAAAUUCGGAAGUCAGUUCACCGGAACUGAAAGAGUUGUGUCCCCUUUAGCUCUAGCCAAUCCUACAAACAAAGAGUUGGUGGUUCUUCUGCACAACUAUGGCACUGCCUGGCAGAAUGUAAAGUUAGACUUCCACGGUGGAUGGAUUAACCCUACAACUGGUGAAUCAACAUGUGUCAAGUACGAAAACGGUAAUCCAGCAAUGCACUCCAAUGUCCACUUUGAUACCACAAAGAACCAUGGAAAUGUCGGUCUACCUGGAGAGUCAACUUGUUUCUACAAGUUUAAAACCAACCACAACUUUGGAAGCCUCCGGACCAACAACGAGAACACCUACUACGGCAACAACAUGAUCAUUCCUAUCAGCAACGGACAUGCGCAGACAACCAUACAUCUACCCAGUUCCGGCUACCAUACGGCUCAUCUUAGAGUGGGCGUUAGUCGUGACAAAAACGCCAAUGCAAAACCAUUGAGCGUCGUACUCAAUGGAUAUACCCUUCCAUCAACCUACACACUGUUUGACGCUGACAAGAUUGAAGCAUCUACCAAAUGGCAGUUGUGGGAAUACUGGGUCCCAGUAGACCAUGUCAAGUCAACAAACACCAUCAGCAUGACCUUUGCUGGGAAUGGUGGCCAUGUGACCGCGGUAGCUCUGGUUGUGGGGAAACUUCAAUAAACAGGUUCGAGAUCUA